AUGUCGACCUCCAAAACCCCAUGUCCCUUCCGCAUCUCGCCUCGCGAUCAAAUGGCGAUAGAGUACAACGAAGCCUUCCGGGCCAUGCGUGAGCAGCUGCGCCGCCAGGACUGUGGUAUGGAAGGCCCCAGCUUCUGCCAGCACCACCAAGCGACUUGUUCCCCCGCCGACCAAGAGGCCUUCCGUCUGCACCGCGAUAUCAUCCACACCCUCCUCGUUCCUCUUUUCCUGAUCAACCACAACGCGGAACGCAUUGCAGCCCGUGUUUUGCCGAACAAGAAAGUCGCAGAGCCAGAGCGUGCUUUUCGCGGCGAAGCUCGCAGCGCCUUCGCAUGGCUUCACUGCAUCUUGGUGGAAGAACACGAUUGGUACCUCACCGCGCGGUGCCCGACCUGUAUUGUUCUACACGUUCUCCACUCCGAGCCCACCAUCCGCUUCGUAACGGUGGCCGCACAACUCGCAGGGCCCCUGUCCGGCUUCGCUCCAUGGCUUGCAGCACUUGAGACGGCCGUCCUGGAGGAUCCUUUCUGGGGCGACGGCUUCUGGCCUGAGAUCGAAGAACGUGCUUCGCGUUUGACCGAGGGUGUGAAGCAGCUCGUCCACCAGUGCCACGAGCUCCGUACCUCUCUCGACAGUCCCACCUGUGCGAUGCCUUCACGAGCGAAGGCAGCCACCCCUGUCUACGAACGUUCAACCCCUUGCAAUAUUGCCAUCAAGCCCUCUAGCUUUGCGCGCAAGCAGGUGAGGCUGAGCCGGGAAGAACAACGGUACCGUUCUUCCUUGGUCUGGAACGCGUGGAACUGCUCGCGAGAAAUGCGUGAGCCUUUGGGCGGAAGCGCUCCCACUCAAGCUCGUCGGCGCUCAAUGACCUCUUGA